GGCAAUUAGGCGUUUCAUUUUUCAUUCACAAAAAUAAAAUAAAACAGAAUUAUGUCCUCCAUAACCAAUUAAACCAUAGAUAAGGGUAUGAGCAGGUAGUUUGCAAGUGAAAAUGGUUCAAAAUGGUGCUUUAACAACAGUUUGUAGUAAUAAUUUGAUAUGCGGAUCCUUAGCAUCAUCAUGGUGGAGGAAGAAGAGGCAUUUCAAUCCUAAAAGUGAUGGGUUUGGGAGUGAUAAUAAGCAUCAGUUUGCUCAGAGUCUGGGUAGUAAAAUGUUAUCAACAACACACAGAAACUUAAUGGCUGGGGCUGGUUGGCUGUUCAAUCAAGGAGGAGGUAACCGGGAAGCUGAAGCGAGCUGCGAGCGCAGUGAGAGUGCUAAUGAGGAUAUUUUGAUUUUCUUUUUCCAGCUUGACUUGGCUACUCGAGUUCAGUAUGCCUUGAAUACAGAGCAGUAUGACAUUGCAAAUCAAUUGAGGAACAAACAAACUGAGGUUGAAGCAGAGAUUAUUCGACAACACGAAGCGAAAAGAGGAUCCUCCUCGAAGAGUGAAGCUCAAGAUAAAGCACUAAGUAUCAUACGCCUACGUGCAGACCUGCAAAAUGCAAUCGAGAAUGAGAAUUAUGCUAUGGCAGCUCAAUUACGCGAUCGGAUUUCCAAAUUGGAGACAGAGUCUUUAGCUGCAUCAGUAAAUGCUUUGGCAUAUGAAAAUGCACAAUAUGCUUUUCGUUUAGGACAGAAAGUGACUCACAAGAUUUUCGGCUAUCGAGCCAUAAUUUGUGGAAUGGAUCCAGUAUGUUGCGAGUCAAAAUCAUGGAUGGAAACUGCACAGGUUGAAAAGUUGACUCGGGGCUCUAAUCAGCCAUUUUAUCAGGUUUUGGUUGAUGUACACAAAGACCCCGAUCUACUGGUGGCUUAUGUUGCUGAGGACAAUUUGGUAGCUUUGGAGCAACCAGAUUUGGACAGGUUUGAUCAUCCUUAUUUGUCCUUCUUAUUCUACGGAGCGGACUCAGCAGGAGACUUUAUCCCAAUUAAGCAGCUACGCGAGAAGUACAAUAGACCUCGGCAUGAGGUGCCGAUUGAUCCACCAGAUGAGGACAGAGGAGGAGAUUCUUGAAUAAGAGCUUGCCGGUUCUUGUCCAUGCGUUUCGCUCAGGCAAUGAGGGUGGCUUAAUACCUUGUAUAUUAUAUUAAUGUACAAUUUAAGAUUUUGUUUCCAAUGUAAGAAAUUAUAAAUUACUCGGAGAAAUCAAUUAACAAGAUCCAAACUUUGGUCUAUGCAAAA